CAAACCAGUCUGGGGUUCUCUGAAAUCCAUAAAUUCAGAUGUCUCCUCCUAAAAUCACCUGGAAGAGGGAGUAUUGUAUUAGGUCUCUGAUGAGCUGAUUGCUCCUGUGGAUCUCCUUUAAAUCAUGAUUUCCAGAGGUUUUGCUGACAGCCACAUCUGUGGGGUUAAAAAGCCGUAAAUGGAGCUCUGGCAACUCUAUCUGUUUUGAUUUCUUCCUUCUGGUGAGUGUUAUUGGGAUGUAAUUUAAUUGAGGGAUUUAAUUUUAGAAUUUGAGUGACUCAUUUGUGGGCAGAGACUAUUCUCUGUGGAGCUGGGUGGUGAGUGGUGGGACCAGAGGAGAGGUUUCGUCUUGUUCCUGCAUUUCUCUCUCAUGAAAACUUACCAGAGCAAGAAGUUUGUGGUAAAAACUGCGGAGGAUUUUUUUUGAGCUCUAAUUGUUAAUUGACCUUGUUCUUUCUAGGGGUUUGUUAUCCUGAAACCCAAGGGUUCCCUUCCUCCUGUAGGCAGCAUGCUGCAUCGCACCAUUCACCUUUUCCGGAAGGAGCUGCGGCUCCACGACAACCCAGUGCUGCUGGCUGCCCUGGAGUCCUCAGAGGCCCUGUACCCCGUGUACAUCCUGGACAGAGCAUUCCUGACCUCCUCCAUGCACAUUGGGGCCCUGCGCUGGCACUUCCUGCUCCAGUCCCUUGAGGAUCUCCACAAAAACUUGGGCCAGCUGGGCUCCUGCUUGCUGGUUAUUCAAGGGGAGUAUGAGACUGUUCUUAGGGAUCACAUCCAGAGGUGGAAUAUCACACAGGUGACGCUGGAUGCAGAGAUGGAGCCGUUUUACAAGGAGAUGGAGGCCAACAUCCGGCGCCUGGGGGCAGAGUUGGGCUUCGAGGUGCUUUCCCUGGUGGGCCACAGCCUGUACAAUACCCAGCGGAUUUUGGACAUAAAUGGUGGGAGUCCCCCAUUAACUUACAAGAGGUUCCUUCACAUUCUGUCUCUGCUUGGUGACCCUGAGAUGCCUGUCCGAAACCUCACAGCUGAAGACUUCCAGAGAUGUAGGGCCCCUGACCCAAGCCUGGCUGAGUGUUACAGAGUGCCUCUCCCUGUGGAUUUGAAGAUUUCCCCAGAGAGUCUUUCCCCUUGGAGAGGAGGGGAGACUGAAGGGCUGCAGCGCCUGGAGCAACACUUGAGUGACCAGGGCUGGGUGACAAGUUUUGCUAAACCAAGGACAAUCCCAAACUCGCUGCUUCCAAGCACCACAGGCCUGAGCCCAUAUUUCAGUAUGGGCUGUCUGUCAGUUCGGACAUUUUUUUAUAGGCUGUCAAACAUUUAUGCUCAGGCAAAGCACCACUCUCUGCCCCCAGUGUCACUCCAAGGGCAGCUGUUGUGGAGGGAAUUUUUCUAUACAGUAGCAUCAGCAACCCCCAACUUCACCCAGAUGUCUGGAAACCCCAUCUGCCUCCAGAUCUGCUGGUACAAGGAUGCAGAGAGGCUCCACAAAUGGAAAACGGCACAGACAGGGUUCCCAUGGAUCGAUGCCAUCAUGACCCAGCUGCGCCAGGAGGGCUGGAUCCAUCACCUGGCUCGGCACGCUGUCGCCUGCUUCCUGACACGGGGGGACCUCUGGAUCAGCUGGGAAGAGGGAAUGAAGGUGUUUGAAGAGCUGCUUUUAGAUGCUGACUACAGCAUCAAUGCUGGGAACUGGAUGUGGCUGUCAGCCAGCGCCUUCUUCCACCAGUACACGCGGAUCUUCUGCCCUGUCCGCUUUGGGAAGCGCACAGACCCCCAGGGUGACUACAUCAGGAAAUACUUGCCUAUACUGAAGAACUUUCCCUCCAAGUACAUUUACGAGCCCUGGACCGCAUCUGAAGAAGAGCAGAAGCAAGCAGGAUGUAUCAUAGGUCAGGAUUACCCCUUCCCCAUGGUGAACCACAAGGAAGCCAGUGACCACAACCUGCAGUUGAUGAAACAGGUCAGAGAGGAGCAGCACAGAACAGCCCAGCUCACGAGAGAUGAUGCAGAUGACCCCAUGGAAAUAAAGGUAAAACGUGACCGUUCUGAAGAAAACAUUUCAAAAGGAAAAGUGGCCAGAACGACAGAAUAAACCAAAAUUCCCUCGGGGUCACCUGCUGGGUACCAAAAAAAAGUCAAGAGGGGAGAGCCAGGGGUCAGCUGAGCUGGCCAAAGCACUGUCCUCCAUACUUGGCCCUGCUAAUGGUGCCUCUUGUUUGUGACCUGACCUUAGGAGACCUGUUGGACCUUGAGUGGUUUUACUGCAGUUUUGGAUAGAAUUGUUUAUUUCUGAGUUGCUUCUGGACCAUUUGUUGCAGCUGUUGGCUGAAUGCAAGGUGUGUUUCAUGCACCUGUAUAAAUAGAUUUUGUGGCAAAUACUCAAUGUCAUAAGACUGUGUGCACAUUAAUGUGGUUGCACAUUAAUGUUAGGACCCUUGAUUUGCUUGCCUUAUAGAGAUGGACACUUAGGGAUGUUCAGAUUAUUUAAGUUCCCAGUUUGUGAUUGUAGUCCCCAGUUUGGGGAGACAGAGCAGAGUGCAGCCCCUUGUACCUUGUGUAGUUUUAAAGUCAUAAGUAGGAAUUAUUAUGCAUUUUAAGGACAACAUUGAAAAUAUCUCACUAAAUUAGGCCUAAUGCACAACUUUAUCACCAUAAUUGUCUUCCUUGGCUGACUAGAACUGCAGGCUAGAGAUCAAUUCUAUCAUGUACCACAUGGAAAAAAUUUCCCCUCCCACGGAAAUGUAUUGUUGUGAAGUUUGACAAGGCUGGAUUAGUCAAUUAUGGUUGUUGGUGGGGAGUGCACUGGGGUUUUCAUGGCUGCAGGUAGCAUUUUGGGUUUGGAAAGAAAUAAAACUUAUUUCUUACAUGAACAGUACAAGGGCUCUGGAUCAAUCUGUUAUCAUAAUUGAUAUCCAUCGGUCUUCUCGGGAAACCUGGUGGCACAACAGCUCCAGCAGCCUUCCAAACUCCUUGGAAGCAUCCUGGGAUCUGGUGCAGGAGCAGCACGGGAACCGUGAGCACCAGCAGGAUCUUUCAG